AUGUUCUCCUCGCCCGACACGCCGGGGAUGCCCGAGCCGUCCGACAAGACCGCGUGGGACUUCCUCCCCGAGGGGUGGGAGCACGAUUACGCCGAGUGCGGCGACUGCUUCGCCGAGACCAUCGAAAAGAACGACUUCGCGACGAGCGGUCAGGCGAUGUUCCGCGACGCCCGGGGCGGCGCGCACCGCGUCAAGCCGACCGCGGGCUUCACGCCCAUCACCCAGCUCGAGCACGCGCGACUGGGCGUCAUCACCCCCGAGAUGGAGCGCGUCGCCCAGCGCGAGCCGCACCUCACCGCCAUGCAGGUGCGCGACGAGAUCGCCGCCGGCCGCCUCAUCAUCCCCGCGAACAUCAACCACCUGAAGCACCAGCUCGACCCCAUGGCCAUCGGCCGGGCGUCCAAGACGAAGGUCAACGCCAACAUGGGCGCCUCGCCCGUGUCGUCGGGAACGGACGAGGAGCUCGAAAAGCUCCGCUGGGCCGAGCGGUGGGGGGCGGACACGGUCAUGGACCUCUCGACGGGAGGCGACUUGGACGCGUGCCGCGAGGCGAUCAUCAAGGGCUCGACCGUGCCCAUCGGCACCGUGCCGAUCUACUCGAUGAUCAUCGGCCGCAAGCUCGAGGACCUGGAUGACAAGAUCAUCCUCGAGACCGUCGAGCACCAGGCGAAGCAGGGCGUGGACUACAUGACGAUCCACGCCGGCGUGCGGAAGGACCACAUCCGCUUCAUCAAGAAGCGCCUCAUCGGCAUCGUCUCCCGCGGGGGCUCGCUCCUCGCGAAGUGGAUGCUCGUGCACAACAAGGAGAACCCGACGUACACCCUGUGGGACGAGAUCUGCGAGAUCAUGCGCCGGUACGACGUCUCGUUCUCCAUUGGUGAUGGGUUGCGCCCCGGCGGCCUCGCGGACGCGACGGACGAGGCGCAGCUCCGCGAACUGAUGACCAUCGGCGAGCUCACCCGCACCCUCUGCCACGGCGCGCCGUUCUACGUGCUCGGGCCGCUCGUGACGGACGUCUUCCCCGGCUACGACCACAUCACAAGCUGCAUCGGCGCGACGAACGCCGCGUACCACGGCGCCGCGAUGCUCUGCUACGUCACGCCCAAGGAGCACGUCGGCCUGCCCAAGAAGGGCGACGUGAAGGAGGGGUGCAUCGCGUACAAGAUCGCCGCCCACGCGGCCGACGUCGCGUUGGGCAUCCCCCACACGCGCAACUGGGACGACACGCUCACCAAGGCCCGCGCCGCGCUGCACUGGGAGAAGCACUUCGAGCUGGCCUACGACACGGACACCGCGAGGGCGUACCACGACGAGGACUUGGACGUGGACACGGACUUCUGCGCCAUGUGCGGCCACGACUGGUGCUCCGUGCGCAUCAGCAAGGAGAUCCAGGAGUUCGCGUCGGGCAAGGACGAGGCCUUCCAGCGAGGCAAGCCCGUCAAGACCGGCGCGCUGACCGAAGAGCAGCAGCGCAUCCUCGAGCAACGCGGCGUCCUGAGCCCGGACGAGAUCCACAAGCUCGCGAACAAGGUGAAGGGGAAGCUGUCAGCGGAUGACGACGGCAAGGCGUCCUGCCACUCAGACUACGUGGACGCGGACGAGGCGAAGAAGAUGCAGGGGGAGGUGGUGGUGCAGCUGAAUACGGCGGAGGCGCAUGGGAUUCGGAAAGAGGAUUCGGUGAUCUGA